AUGAAUCCUCAACGCAUAUUUCUGCACUUUGCAAGUCGAGACUUUUGCUCUAACCCAUUCGGAAACAAAAGUCACAAAGCAGGAAGCGAGCAUCCGGUACACUGCCCUAUUCCAGUCUGGCACACAGACCGAUGCAGCAGCGCCCCGAUUCGGCAGCGGAACAGAAGCGCCGCUCCUGGACACACUGCUCCGUUUGUUUUUGAGCGCUCGCCGAGCUCCGGGGAAUGCGUUCCGGGAACGAUCAUGACAUCCCAGCGAGAACUCCUUCGUUACGUGGAGAGUGAUUUGCGGUCUCUGGUAGCGAAGCUGGGGAAACGAAAAGUUGAACGAGCGUUUGUCGAAGAUCUCCCGUUUCUUACGGAGCGUUUCUCGAGCUGGAAGAGUGCCGUGGAACGCGUACUGACGCAGUUGCGUGAGGAUGAUACGCAAGCUCGUCUUUCGUUCUCACUUUCGAUCGACCUGGUGGGUCACGUGCUCAUCCACAACGUACAGUCAGUGGAGAACUGGCGUAAAAGUGAAGCAAGUACGCUUCUUGCACUGGGGCUUCUGCACCGUCUCGCAAGCCAGGCAGCGUUGCCAAGCCACCGCGUCGCAGACGUCGUCGCCUUGCUGAGCUAUUUCGUUCUCAGUGUUCAGAAACUGGUCCUUCGAAGCGAGUUUUCGAAGCGUCGUUGGUUGAUUUAUGGCGAGCGCAACGGUGCCCAGGUUCCGGGAACGAACUCGGAUCAAUCGGACGCAACGGACUCGUUUUCACGUCGAUCCUCGCCCGGAACAGUAUCUUUGGUGGAAGAGGCCCUCGAGCAAGCCACCUGCGAGCAAACAGCUGCGGUCGGACAACGUGCCACCGAAACCCAAGUGCUGCCGGGAAACGACCUAGUCUUGGUCGAGCGGCAACUGCUACGAGUCCUCCAGGUCCUUUUCGAAAUACCAUCUGUGCAACACAGGGCCGGUGCAGCUCAGGAAUACGAUGUAGACGCUUCGAAAUCAGACUCAGCGGCUAGUGUCUCCAAAAUGUGCCAAGCAUCCCUACCACAGCGACUAUUUACGCUCCUGACGCUGAUUGAGCAGCUUCCCGGAGUGACUGCAGUGGUUGCUCGCACUGCAGCAGCUGCGUUAGAGCGAUACUGCACAGCAUUAUUCGAGGAUCGUCUCUGGAGAGAGCAAGUCGCGAUAGCUUUCGUGGAGGAUCUCUGUUUGCUGACGCUGGAACGGCCGCCUGUUCACGGCUUUGGGACGCUCUUGUCCCUGCAGGUCCAGACGAACACGAGCAGUCCAGUCGAGUUGCCGGGUGCUUCGGCCUCUGCCGCAGAGCGCACGUCAUCAUCGCUGCAGCAAGAGCGACGAGCACAGGCGUCGCCCGAGGCCGAGGACCUUGACGAAGCCCGAGAGGGCCAUCCAGAAUCGCUAUCCGCCGCUCAAGUGACGUCCACUGGUGCGAUGCAACAGAAGGAAACGUAUUGCCUGGAAGUGAUCACCCCAAGCCCUGAUGUUAUGACGUCGCUGCUGGCGGAAGCGCUGGGCAGGGCGAUGCGUGGUGGUCUCGCUCCCCAGGCUUGCCUGCUCAAGCGUCUUUUUCCUUUCGUCGAAGCACAGCUGAAUGAGGCCGAGCUCUCCUGGUCAAUAUGCAGUCUCGCAGCCGCGUUAAUCCAGGCACCGGUGGCCUCGUUUGGCGCCCUGCUCGCGUCACUUGCUGGAAGGAUGCUGGAGCAAUUAAGGGUCUCGAUGGAUCCGAGCUAUUCAUCAUCUGACACGAAUCCUAAUCAAGUUCUGUUGAUGCAUCAUCGCGCACUCUUGUUGAUCGAGACUUUUCGCGAUGCAUUGCUUACCGGAGCGUCCACUGCAGAGGACCGUGCUUUUAUCAGCAACAGCAGCAGCAGCAGCAGCUCCUGGUCACCACAAGCGCUACUCCGAUACCUGGAGCGCGAAUCAGAUAGGACGUUCGCGUCACAAAACGCUGCUGCUGGAGCAGGCGAUACGACCUCAGCGCUGGGUACGGAACAAAAAUCGUUGCCUUCAGUCGAUGAGCGACGUCGUCUUCGGGAGGACGUUGUUACGUCCCGAGAAACAAGCGCGGAGGCCUUUUCAAAAUUGCCUGCGUCGGAGACCGGGGGUAUACUCACUCAGUGGGUGGCGAUGCUGCAGCUGUGUGUCACCACCGGCACAUCGAUGGUGACGGAGCUGCAAAUGCUGCCCACAGGUCCGUUGCGGCAUCAGCGCCCGCUACUUCGCCAACUCGGGCAACUUAUCGAGGAGCCCAAGCAUAGAAACCUGGACGGCGAACUCUGGGGGCAGCUUACGAGCGCGGCGCUGGGUCUGCUUUUCGUCUUGUUGGAAGCCACCGAUCCCGUGGCGGAUGUGGACUUUCUGCGACGCACCUGGCCGGACUUUUUGACGGCGUUUGGAGCUUUGCUCGCACGUGCACAGCAGGUUCCGGCGGUGGUGCUUCAGCCGCUCAUCGAACGGGGCAUGGAUUCUUUGCUCCAGCGUCUGGCAGUUGUACGGAGCUCUGUGGACGCGCCCUCGAUCAUGAAUGACUCCAGCACCGACGCAUCUGGGCUUCUUGGUGGCUCUGCUGGGCAGCCACCUGCGAUGCAUGGCUCGACGUCGGCACUGGAACCCUUUGAGACGGUGUUCAUCUGCCUGUGUCGUACCCUGCGGCUGGUGCGAAGUACACGAUCCGCCUCUGCUUCUGCUUCCGACAGCGAGGCUGUGCAUGUGUUGACCUGCCUUGGGCGCGUUUUACAGAGCAACUUGCAGCGCGCGCUUUCGACAAUGCACGAAUCGGAGUACAACACGAACACACCGCAAGCUGUGGUCGAACGCAGGCCGCUUUGUAGUUCCUGGAGUCCCAAUACUUGGCUUGCUCUCGUGGAGAGCAUUCUAAUCGCAGGAGACGACGAUCGUGAUGCUGCCUCGGGUGAGCCGAUGCUUGAUCCCGUGAUCGACAGCAGCUUCGAGCACUGGGACAAGUACCUAUUGCAGCAGCAGCAGCAGCAGCAGCAGCAGCGCGCAGUAGGCUGCGUUCCCGCAGUGGCGUUGCUACGAGCGCUUUUCACUGUUGCUCACGCGGCCCAGGAAGACACCUCCACGCGGAACCGUGCCUUUUUACAUGCCGUCUUCGUCGUCAAAGCAUACUUGAACGCUGUCCAGCGGCAAGCAAGGGCAGCAAUUGUUGCCUCAAACGGAGAUGGACCCUAUACUGGAAAUGCCUGGACAAUACCAACAUCAAAUGCUACGAAUGCUGCUGUUGUUACAGCAACCGGUCCCUCUGAAUGGCCUGAUGGUACAGGCACCGAGCAGGCAUCCACGGAAACAGGCGAGCAAGUCGCUAGCGGCGCUAUGUCGUAUGCGAGCACCACUGGAACUCAACCGCCUUUCCUGUUUUGGCAGACACCAGUAGCGGCUCAAGUUUGGGACUUGUUUGCGCAGUUCGUUCCCAUGAUGGCCUCUACAGAUCACGUCCAAGUCUUGAAUGGAUGGCGCGGACUCUUCCAACAACUCUUCCUCGCACAGAGCAUAGACGAUAAGACCGCGGCGGCGCCAGAUGCGGUACAACACGCGUUUCGACCGACACCGCAGGCACCGCUGUUCGCUCCGCUGCUGCAGCUUAUCGAACAGAGGCGAGAUAACGCUCAGUCGGAUCGAGUGGACGGGGCUGUGAUCUCCAAUGCGAUAUCGCCACUGCGUCUUUUCCGAGAGAUUCUGCAGCUCGUCAUGACGCUGGUUCAGGACUAUGGCGAGCUUUUCGUUGCUGACGGCUGGUACGCCGUGCUCACGCUGUGCAAGGAGGCAGUGCUUGCGGGUCACGACCCGCUGACAUUCACAUCCGAAACAGAUCGCAAGGGUAUUCAUGAUGCCGGUUUUGCCUUGCUGCAACUCUUGGCUAAGGAGUAUGCGUCCAGUUUUUUGCACCAACCGGCUGCAUCAGAAGUUCGAACGCUGUGGCUAGAAACCUUGACAUCAUGGGCGCUGCAUGCCGCUGAUGUGAACAUGGCGCUCAGCAGCAUUGGGAUGCUGUGGAGUCUCUGCGACCUCCUGCAACCGAGCGAAUCAACAGAUGCCGCGUUAUGGUGCCGAGUGCUCUCUACCUUGGCGCGUCUCUGUAUAACGGAGCGCGUCGAUGUCCGAAACAGUGCACUGAAGACGUUUCUCGGAACGCUGUUGGCUCAUGGCCAAAACCUAGUGGAGCACGACCGCUGGCGAGGGAUCUGGGAAGAGGCGCUCUUGCCGCUCAUCGAAGGGCUCUUGGUGCGCUCACCGGCACCCUCGUCGCUGGCUGGUGAAGGUACCGCGCUAGAAGCGCCAGUAGAGGCAACAUCAACAACCACCGAUGCCUCUGCAGAGGCGACAGCGAAGCAUGCGCCGGCACGCGCGCUCACCAGCGCUACUACCAACGAUGAUGGCAAUGAUAGAACCAUCGUCAAAGGUGAUGCUGUUGUUGGGAUGCAUCCAGCAAGUGCAAAAGAUGCAAUCAAGCACUGGAACGCGAGUCGACUGCUUCUCAUAGAGGGCCUCGUGCGACUUAUCCAACAAUACCUGGUUAGUCGCUGGUUAGCUCUGGAAGCAUUUCCGCGCCACUGGGAAUCGCUGCUAGACUAUUGGGAGCAAACCAGCUGCCUCUAUGACGUCCACAAGAGCCCGCCGUCGAACCAGGAAGCGCUUUUGAUCGCACUGGUUGCGUUGUGGCAGACCUCGCUGGAAACGCUGAGCCAGGUCGUUUGCUGUGAGCCGGCAUUGCCCGGCUCCCGAUCGUCCAACCAAAGCGCUCGGCAACUCUGGUUGCAGACCUGGCAACGCGCCCAGCGACGGGCUUUUCUCGCCAACUGCUGGCCGCGUUUCUCUGUGAGCGUCGUCGAGAGCAUCGUGCAGGCGUUGUUGUCGCUGUGCGGACGCGUUCAACAGCAGACACCAGAUGUGGAUAUUCUCGAUAUCGUGCAGAGCCUGGGAUACCAGUGUCUCGAGGCGCUUAUCGAGGACACCAUAGACCCCAAAGUCGCCAAGGCAUCCUCCGCCACACUAGGGAUGCAACGGGGCAAACCGGUGCAACGAUCCGCACUCGUACGCGACGUUUUCGACGUGCUCGCGCGUUGGCCCGGUGACUCGGUAGGUGUUCACCGAUGUGCGCAUCUGAAUGCCCUGCUAUCCUUCCUGGAACGUAUAUGCGGGAGCAUUAUACGAGCCACGACGGGAUCAGCGGCUGGUGUGACCUCCAGCGACGAACAUUCUGUGAUGCUCUGCAUUGUCCAGGGCACGCUGGAGCGACUCGUACGCGGAAUGCCUCCGAGUGCCACUUGUGCGGCAGAGCAGGAGCAGUUGGUGCUUCGUUUUCUGGAGCUGCUUGCGAGCAUCCUGGUACCGAGGCGUACCUGGAACGGGAGUCUAGUAGCUGCUGUCGUCGACGGGUCGUCCACAGCACCAACCGAUGCACCAGCAGCAUCUGCACAGCAACAGCCGAGCAGCCUGGUGAGCACCAAACAUGUCAGCGGUGCGAACGCGUUUGUCGAGAGUGCCGUGUUCUCGCUUGCUGCCCUGGUUGACAAGCUUGAAGACAACGAGGAGACCAGGGCGCUGCUGACGGAUGCGGUGCUUGCACGUAUUGCUGCGCUGUGUGAGCGCUUUCUCUUCGAGCACGACAUCCCCCUGCCUGAAUCCUUUGACGGUGGCACGCUCCAUAUGAUUCACACUGGUCAACUGGAUGAAGAGAAAUGCAGCAUCGUGAUGUUACAGCUGGGUGCGCGCCUCGGUCUGGUGGACUUGCUCGAGCGUGCACUGGGCCUCGCCCCGGAUAUCUCGGUGGACGAACACUGGUUUUUACUCGUUACGAGCGCCUAUCGCUUCAAUCUGCGUCUUGCUGCUAUAGAGGCUCUGUUUCACGUCGCUGCUGGACUGGAUUCUGGGGCGGCACCUGCUUCGCCAUUUGCGCUGAGCCGCCUGGCGAGCGCCGCGUCUACGGUGGCCGCAGCACGUGUGGCAGUUCAGCGUUUGAUGCAACGAGUCGAGCGGUGCGCUGCUGCGUAUCGACGUCAGUCGGGGUGCUGUCCACUGCCGUACCUCAUGCGAAUGUUCGAGGCCUAUGUGCGAUUUCAGGCGGACGCGCUUACGAAGCGUGGUGUUCACUUGUCCUCUGCAGCAGACGUUGGGACUCAGAGAGCAGCAAACGGCACAGCGUGA